AUGUACGCUUCCAGAGGGGCCGCCGGAAAGGCUACGUUUCGCGAGUUGAACGUCACCACCUUCAGAGUCAACGGUCUGCCCCUCGCCGACGUUGCCACCUCCGCGAGCGCCACCGAUCUCAAGUACGGGCUGCUCGACUCCAACCUCGUGCCCGAUCUAGCCGCGACCAAGAUCGUGUCCGGCGCCUUUGUCGUCGGAUCGUUCGCCACCCCGAUCGACGCCGGCAGCAACUCCCUCACCGUCGGCGCCAUCCAUUCCGCCGCGAUAGACACGGGCGACCACGACAUCGACGCCGGCGGCGGCACCGUAUCGGCCUCGUCGCUCGUCGCGUCGGGAGAGGUCUCCGCUUCGAACCUAGCCGCGAGAACGGGCGAGUUCUCCAGCGACCUCACCGUCCGGGGCAACCUCAACGUGAUCGGGAGCCUGGACUACAUCGACAGCACCUCGCUCUCCAUCGCGGACAAGAACGUGAUCCUGGCCAAGACGUCCGACCCGACCGACGCUCUCGCGGACGGCGCAGGACUCUUCGUGUGCGGGUCCGCCUUCCCCGACUCGAACGACGCCGUCUCGUUCACCUGGAACACCGGCAGCAACGGUGACUACUGGCUCACCAAAGGAGGGGCCCUGGCCCUCCGCUCGUCCAACGGCUCGAACGCCUCCAUCUCCGCCGGCCCCACCGGCGCCCUCCUCCUCUCCACGGACGACGGGGUCCACCCCAGCAGCGCCCUCAAAUUCGGUUCCUCCCUCCUGCCCGACAGCUCCAGCGUAGACGUAGGGAGCUCCAACGAUCGGUGGGGGAACUUCUACGGAAGCAACGCCCGCCUGUCCGGUACGAUCGUCUCCGGGAGCAUAUCGAUAGGGAGCAACUCCCUGUCCCUCACCGGGCCCGUCGCGUCCUCCUCAGCCCGAGCAUCCGCAAUGUACUCCACGACCGCGGACACCAUCUCCAUGCUCGUCGCCAGCAACCUGACCAACGGAGCCACGCUCAGCGCUCCCCUCGCGCUCGGCUCCAACGGGCUCUCCACGACCGGCGCCAUCUCGUCCUCCAGCAACCGGGCCGCCGCUAUAUACUCCGCAACAGUCGACUCGGGCACCCUGAGAGCCAACUCCAAUCUCACGCUCGGUGCAGGCUCCACGACCAGCAUCUCCGCGGACGUUCUGCCCGGCAGCAACGGCACAUACGACAUCGGAGCUUCCUCCAACGCCUGGAAGAACCUCUAUGCAAGCAACGCGACACUCUCCGGCUCUCUCUCCGCGAACGGCGCCACCCUGAGCGCACCGCUCGCCCUCGGGUGUAACGGUAUCUCCACCACGGGCACCAUCUCCUCCUCCAGCAAUAGGGCGACCGCGCUCUACUCGGGGACGGUAGAUUCUGGCACGCUCAAGGCCAACUCCACCCUCACGCUGGCGGUCGGUUCCACCACGAGCCUCUCCGCAGACGUCCUCCCGGGCAGCAACGGCGCGUACGACAUCGGGUCUUCCUCCAACGCCUGGAAGAACCUAUACGCAAGCAACGCGACCCUCUCCGGCUCCCUCUCCGCGAACGGCGCCACCCUGAGCGCACCCCUCGUCCUAGGUUCCAACGGUAUCUCCACAACGGGAACCAUCUCCUCCUCCGGCAACAGGGCCGCGGCACUCAACAUCAGCGCGGGAUCCGGGAGCAUCUCGGGGGGUGCUCUCAGCGGGACGUCCGCCACCCUUUCCGGCUCCCUCUCGGCCAAUGGCGCUACGUUGAGCGCUCCCGUCAACAUGGGAGCGAACGCCGUAUACACCACGGGCAAUCUCAGCAGCGGCAGCAACCGGGCUUCGACCGUGUACUCUGCGAACGUCGACACGGGAGCUCUGGCCGUCAAUAGCAACGCCUCGAUCGCGGGCUCCGUGACCUGCUACUCCAUCGACACGCAAAACAGCAACAUCAGCGCGGGAUCCGGGAGCAUAUCGGGGGGUGCCCUCAGCGGGACCUCCGCCAGCAUCUCGGGCCAGCUGACCUGCAAGGUCAUCGACACCCAAGGCUGCAACAUCAGCGCGGGGGGCAUAAACGGCGGGGCCUUCGUCGGCACCAGCAUGAGCGUGGGCACGGGCUCGGUGAGCGGGGGUUCGGGCAGCUUCAGCGGGGACGUGACGGUCUCCGGCAAGCUGCAGGUGGGAGGUGCCAUCGACUACGUCAACACGAGCGAGCUCCUGGUGGCGGACAAGCACGUCACGCUGGCGGCCACGUCGAACCCGACCGAUGCGACCGCAUCUGGAGCGGGGAUCUACGUACAGGGCUCGAACUACGCCACCUCGAACGCAGCGAUAUCCCUCACCUGGAACCAAGGCUGCAACGGCAACUACUGGUUGCCGAAGGGAGGCAACCUGGCACUUCCGGGCACCGCGGGCUCCAAGAUGGUCACUCUGAGCACCACCUCGAACGGGGCCCUCCAGUUGCUAUCCGACGACGGCAUAUCGGCGACCAGCACGGCUCUCGUGGGCGUGUCUCUCAUCGCCUCCGGGUCCAAUCUGGAUCUUGGGAGCACCUCCAAUGCCCGGAAUACGCUCUACGCAUCCAACAUCGGCACGAGCGCGAAACGGGUCGUCAACGCGGCCAUCGCGUCCGGCCUCGACGCAACCAAGAUCACCACGGGCACAUUCGGACCUUCUUUCGACACGAUUUCCAACGGAGUCAAGGAUCUCGCAACGUUCACGAGCACGACUGGGUCUGGUCAGAUCUCCUUCGAUGUCUCGGUGAUCAUCUCUCAGGCUAACACCGCUGUGACCAAGAGGUACGUACUAACCACCGGUUACAACGCGACGAGCAGUUCGUGGCAGCGGUGCGUUCCCGUUUCGGCGCAUGUGUUUGCCGGUUCCACCGACAACUACGAACUUCAGAUGCAGUCGUCGAUUUCGCCCACCGCCAUCAAAUUUCGCUUGGUCCACAGCGUCAACACCGUCGCAUCUACACCCACCAUCAAUAUCAAUGCCACUUACGCCCAGAACGACGUGCCCACUUUCGCGAGUCUGACCGGCAACGCGCAGUACACCGACGCCAGUUGGGCGACGUAUGGGUUCGUAAGUUCUGCGGUCCUCACGCAGGUGGGUGGCCAGGUCGGGGUCGGAACACUAGCCCCCUCCGCUAAGUUCCACGUAGCUGGAGGCUCUGCGCAGUUCGACAGCAAUGUCACCGUGACGAGUGCGCUGAACACCAGCAAUCUCACGGCCACGGGGACCGUGUCCUUGCCCGCGAGCUCCGUGACGAACGUCAACAUCUCGGGCCUCGACGCGUCCAAGAUCACCACGGGUACGUUCGGAGUGGGCGCCUUCGGGGGGUGCAAUAUCACGACCACGGGCACUCUCGGGGCGGGGGCAUCCACUCUGGGAACACUCGUGUGCGGUUCUAUCGGGACGCAGGGCAACUCUAUAUCCGCAGGAACCAUCUCGUGCACGGGCAUCAAUCCCGGAACGACGGCGUCGUACGACAUCGGAGCGAGCGGGACCGCAUGGCGGAACGCCUACCUGUCCGGAUCCGUGUCUGCGGUGGGCGGAUUGAGCACGUCGAACGGGCUGACGGUCGCCGGUGAGUCGAUCAGGUCGUACACCACGAGCUUCGACGGGACCACGUCAAACGCGUGCCGAGACAUCGCCCAAUACGCCGGAACGGUGGGGUCCGCGACGUUCGACGUCGCUGUGGUGCAAUCCGCGAAUUUCCAGACGAACACGACGGAGUAUUCGUUUGCGGCCGGCUACAACAUCACGAGCGGGUCGUGGCAGCGCUGCAUGCCGCGGAGUGCAUACAACGGAAACGUGGACGCGUGCGAGCUUCAGAUAUGGUCUUCGAACGCCACCACCAAGUUCAGGCUAGUGCAUUCCGUCGUGAACCAGGCGGCGACCCCCACCGUCACCAUCCACGCCUUCUACAAUCAAAGCGACGUGCCGACGAUCACGAGCCUAACGGCGAACGCGCAGUAUACCGACGCCAACUGGGCGACCUACGCGUACGCAUCGUCCACGGUCCUGACGCAGACGGGUGGAAAGGUCGGCGUGGGCACGGUCGCCCCCUCGGCCAAGUUUCACGUCGCCAACGGCUCCGCCCAGUUCGACAGCAACGUCAGCAUCGGCGGGCAAAUCAGCGCGUCUGCUGGACAAACCCACACGUUGCCGGGCAUACUCGUGGUCAACGACCAGACCGACUCCGGGGCGACGAGAGGAGUGCGGUGGUGGGACGCCACCAAUGCUGAAUGGGCUACGUACAUGACCACAUCAGCAACAAGCAAGAGCACCGCAUCGGGGUCGACUUGCCAAGCACUCGAUGGACGAACGUCGCACCAUGUUAGGAACCGCGUUGGGACUGGCUCAGGAUGGGGGUUCAUAUGGGAGAACAGCUCGGAACAAUGCCUGAUGUCGCUAACUGCAGACACGGGCAAUCUCUUCCUCAAAGGGACGAUCGGUUCCAGCUCCGUGCGUGUUGGCACGGCGUAUCUCAACAACGCAAAUUGCGCCACAUCGAGCGCCACUGGGGCAGACGCCCUGACUCUGACAAACAUGAGUACGAAUUUGAACACGACGAAAUUCGUUGGAGCGAAGUUUCAGGGUACGGACGGGGUUGGCACCUUGAAAGACUCGGCAUACAUCCGAUCUAUGCCGGUCGAUCAAAACUACGUCGGAGCAGAUUUGGCAUUCUCGACGAGAAUAACGGACGUGCUAAACGAGCGCAUGCGCAUCUGCGGAUCUGGGAACGUCGGCAUCGGCACUUCGGCACCGUCUUCCCGGUUCCACGUCUCCAACGGCUCCGCCAAGUUCGACAGCAACGUCACGGUCACCAGCGCGCUCAGCACCAGCAACUUCACCGCCACCGGUACGGUGUCCCUGCCUACGAGCUGCGUCACGAACGCCAACAUCUCGGGCCUCGACGCGUCCAAGAUCACGACGGGCACGUUCGGAGUGGGCGAUUUCGGGGGAUGCAAUAUCUCGACGACCGGGACCCUCGGGGCGGGCUAUUCGACGUUGGGCUCCCUAUCGUGUGGUGACCUGACCCUCUCGGGCGCGACUCUGAUCGACGCCUCGCUCUCGGCGUACAAUUCCGGGCACGACAUCGGCAAAGCCCAAGACAUGACCGGCAUGGUCUCCGCAGAUCUCUCAGACAUGACCUGGAACGACAUACAUAUCACGGGCAACGUCAAUAUCUACGCCUCCGACCCCGGGUAUUUCGUAUCCCUCGACUACCUCAACAACGACACCUACGGCUUCGGGCAAUGGAGCGGAGGGACCGCCAGAGCGGUGAUCUCGGGUUCUAACGCCAACGCGACUUUCAACAUCUCCAAGCCCACGGGCGCAUCGACCUUCAAUGACAUGGUCACGGUGACCAGCAGCGGCAACUUGGGGGUGGGGGUGUCUCCCUCCACGGGCUACAAACUCGACGUAGCAGGCAGGAUGCACGCGACCGGCGGGGCUCAAUUCGACAGCAACGUGACCGUCUCCGGGACAUUAUCCGCCACGACGUACUCGGGUCUACAGAGGAAGGUGUGGAACGCUCAGACGCUCGGCUUCGCAAACACGACGGCCACCGUCAAGUACCACAAGAUAGCGACGUUCGGGGGCACGAACGCCGGCAACACCGCGGGUUCCGUGUACAUAACGGGAACCAUGGGCGGAUACAUAAACAACCAGACGACGAAAGUCGAUAUCGACAUAGCCAACAGAGGCGGUAUCACGGUCACCGGAUCGGCGUUCGGAUACCCGAGUACGACAUCGACCAUCACCGACCUCGUCCUUUACUGGGAAGGAGGUAGUCUCAGUACGUCUCCGUGGUCUCUCUACAUAGUCAGCAAGGGCCAAUACCAGCUUUGGGACCUGAGUGUUUCUGCGUGUCAAUUAGGAGUGACUGUCUACGAACCGAGUACCACGUACGUGACCGACCCAAGCAACGGCGGCGCUUACACAAUGGUAUGCUCCUCUGUAAUAAGUCGCUUGAAUCAAGUCACAGAGCUGUCGUCGGGGACCGCGGUCACAUCGUACAACAACUAUUCGUAUACGUACGGUGGUGCCAGUUGGUCGAGUGCGGGGAGCGCGAACAGCGGCACCAUUCAAUGCGGCACAUUGUCGUCGUCCGGUCUCAACGUCACUUCGUCUUCGACCGCGACCAUCAGUACCAUGACGUCGAUCUUAGCCCCAUCGUUGGCGACCGGGAAUUACAUGCUCAACGUAUUCGGAACCGGUCAAGCCAACAAUAACUGCGGAUUCCUCGCAUUCAACAACGUCGGAGGCUCUAACUCAUCUUCGAAUUAUGCGGGUUUCGGAACGUGGGGAAACCUCCUCGGCCCGGGGACAUUCAACGCAUGCGCGAGAGGGAAGUUCGGCGUUUGCACGGCUACGCCAGCGGCCACACUGGACGUCUCCGGGACCGGCAAGUACUCCGGGGCGCUGACCUGCGGCAGCACAAUCACGGCCAGCUCCAACCUGACGACCGCCGGAACGUUCAGCAUCGGCUCCGUGGCGGGCACACCGACCGCUACGGGUGCACCCUAUAUGGUGUCCACGGCGUUCGACGCCGUAGGAACGUCUCACAGCAUAGGACUUCCACCAGCGGCCAGGGAUGCGCGGUAA